AAUAUGGCGGCGACGUUGACGUACAUCGAAGCGCUUGAUGCGGCGUCUAUCUAUGCCAAUGGUGUCGACCGCUGUGUCGUACGUUACCGUGGCCGCCAUAUUGGAUGUGUCAAUAGUUGAAGCGGUGAAAAAUGCCUCAUUCGUGUGCUGCAUGGUCGUGUACGACUCGUUGUACUCCCGAAACCAAAUCCCAGGGAAUAACAUUUCACAGGUUUCCAAAAGAUACUUCUCGGAAAAAACAAUGGGAAGUAGCUCUUAGGAGGGAGGGAUUUUGUGCCAGCUCGUCGUCCAUGCUCUGCAGUGAGCAUUUCAAGCCGGAGGACUUCGACAGAACCGGUCAGACCGUCAGGCUAAAAGAUGGAGUUGUACCUUCAGUCUUCAGUUUCCCAGCUCACCUCCAGAGGCCUGUUGCUCAAGAGACUCCAGCAAUUGAGUGUUACCAGCUUGUCCAAUACACUAAAAAAGAACCACUUCCUGUCCCCACUGUGGACCACUCCUAUGUCCUGCCGUCAUCACCUGAUGAUCUGAGAGCCAGACUUAACGAGGCCUUGGCUCGGGUGGAGAGUCUGGAAAGAGAGAGGAGGAAUGCGAAGGAUCGGGAAAGGAGGGCAAAGAACGCUGUGAGCACUCUGCUGGAGGACCUCCAAGGGAAGAAGAUCGUCAGUGAAGAACUGAAAGACGGCAUUGAUUCAUACUCAGACGCUCCUCAUACCAGCACCAGUGACGUUCUUCCCCCUGGAGUGGUCAGCCUUGGGAGACAAUUGCUGCAGACGAAACCGGACCGACUCAAGAGGACGACCCCAAUGGAGGCUGCUAUCCAAGAGGAUCUCCAGCUGAAGAGGAGGAUGAUAGACCUCAUGGAGGAGUCCGAAAGGCGUAACAAUGAAAACAUGCAGCAGCUGAACUCUAACAUCGCCGCCAUCACAGACACCAUUAAAGACAGUUUGCAACUGAUAAGAACCAUGAUGCUCCAGGGUCAAACCGCAGCACCGUCCCAAGAUGGCGCCAGCAUGUACGAUCACAUGCAAGCACCCGAACCUCACGGAACCCAAGCGUACAUGCACACACCAUAUCGUCCUGCUGACACAAAUGGGUGAUAUGCACCACAGGACCGCUACUUGUGCAGGAGGACGACGACAACAUCACAUUUUGUGUAUUUAUUUUAAAUACAUGAACUUCAUCUUUGCCAGCUACCUCAAAUGACACAUUUUGUGUCUAUAUUUUUGUUACUACAUAUAUUUUUGUUUAUAUUAGUAUUUUAAUAGGGCAUGUACAAUAAAGAAA